AUCAACUCCCUUUAAUUUCAACAUUCUCGUUUAUUCUGUUCAAUUCUGUUUUAGUACAGUGUUCUUUCAACUUCUUGUAGACUUUUUCUUUUUCUUUUUCUUUUUACAUCAGUUGCCUGUUUUCAUAUUUCUCUCUUCGUAAGGCAACCAAAUUUGGAUGUGGAACUCCAUUUUGUUUGAUCAAAGAAGCUAAGCCAACUUACUAAACACAUAGAAGACGGUGGUAAAAUAACCUUGUUAUUUGCAUAUUCAUUUCCAAAAUUCUUUCAAUGGAGUCGGGGUUCUUUCAUAUUUCCUACUUGAGCAAACCACCCAGAGUUUGGAACACAUUUGAAUGCCUUUGAAAGAAAGUAUAGGCCUUACCAAAAUCUGAAUAAGUUUAGAGGUCACUUUUUGAGUUUGAAACUAUAAGAGCCAAACCCUGUAAAUAUUUUCUUUUCCUUUUCUCUGAUGUCAUCAGUCUGUCAGACAUGCUAUGGGACUUCUCGACAAACAGACAAAGUGGACAGAGUCCAUUUCAUUUGCAAUGAGACAAAGCGCCUGCAAGUGCUUCAUCCAUUCAACACUAGUUAUGAUGGAGUCAAGUGUCCCACCAGGAUUCCGGUUCCACCCCACAGACGAAGAGCUUGUUGGGUAUUAUCUGAGGAAGAAGGUGGCUUCCCAGAAGAUCGAUCUUGAUGUUAUCACAGACAUUGAUCUCUAUCGGAUCGAACCCUGGGAUCUUCAAGAGAGAUGUCGGAUAGGAUAUGAGGAGCAAAAGGAGUGGUAUUUCUUCAGCCACAAGGAUAAGAAGUAUCCAACAGGGACAAGGACCAACAGAGCAACCAUGGCUGGUUUCUGGAAAGCAACGGGGCGAGACAAGGCGGUGUAUGAUAAUAAAUCAAAGCUCAUUGGCAUGAGGAAAACUCUUGUUUUCUACAAAGGGAGAGCUCCAAAUGGCCACAAAACUGACUGGAUCAUGCAUGAAUACAGGCUUGAAUCCGACGACAAUCGACCUCCUCAGGAGGAAGGAUGGGUCAUUUGUCGAGCUUUUAAGAAAAAAAUAAGUGGUCAAGCCAAGAGCAUUGAAGGGUGGGAGUCGAGGUGCUUCUAUGAUGAGCCAAGUGGUCUCAGCUCCGUGAUUGAUCCAAUGGAAUACUUAUCAAAGCAACCCCACAAAUUUUUACCCUAUUGCAAAGAAGAGACAGAGGCAGAUAAUUUAGACUUUGUUUACUGUGAUCAGUUUGUAGAGCUUCCUCAGCUAGAGAGUCCAUCUUUGCCAUUAAUAAAUAAGCCAGCCUCCAUAUCUCUCAUAUCAGAGAAUAUCGUCAAUUAUGGAGAAGAAGAAGAAGAAGAAGCAGAUAAAAAAAGAAUGUGCAACGCCAACACCAAGAAAGUGACUGAUUGGAGAGCCCUUGAUAAGUUCGUUGCUUCACAACUGAGUCAUGAAGAUAGAUAUAAUAAUGGUGAUCAAGAAAGAGCCUCAAUCUCAAGCUUUGAUGCCAAUAACAGUAGUAACUCAGACAUGGAAGCAUUGCUGCUAUUGCAGAGUAGUAGAGAAGAAAGGAACAAGUUGAAGGAGCUCUUGAAUUCAAGUACUUCACAUUGUGAUGUGGGAAUAUGCAUAUUUGAUCAAUUAAAAGGAGAUGAUCAAGAGGCUUUAUCGCUUAAUUAGUAUUAAUUAUAAACAGUUGGUGCAUAAUUAGACAUAUUUUUGUAAAAAAUAUGGUUGUGAAAUGAGUGAAGAAAUUCUCUCUAUUUAUCUCUCUCGAAA